AAAAUGCAAUCUUGAGAAAUCACCUGACUAUGAGAAUGAGGAGUUAAUGAGAAUUAUUUCAAUUUUUAAAGAAAUAAAAUUGUUUACUGAAGUAAAAUAGGCUCUGCAAUAUUUAAAACUUAGUUGCCGAAGUUUCUAAAUUAUGUGGACUUCUAGUUAAUGAUAGGUAAUUUUUAGCAUAAUUAUUUCUUGUCGAACAUCACGAAUUGCAAGAGAUUUUCUGAAGUAAUUUUAAUAAUGUAAAUAUACAGUCCUAAGCAUCAUAUGUGUGGACCUUCUAGUAAACAAAAUAAAAAUUAUUUUUCUGACAUGGAUUCUCCAGAUUUAAGUGAUUGGGUUGCAGUCAAAGCUGAUAUAUUUUUGCCAGAAAGUGAUUCAGACCGUCCUAAAUUUAUAUGUGCCUGGAAUGAAGAAGCCUCGAAAGUAGCCAUUACACUUCAUGAAGGAUCUCGUAAAGCAAGUGAUCAAAAUAAGAAAAACAGAGUAUGCUUACUCGCUUUAAAAGAGUUAUACCACAUACACAAACAAUUUUGUUUAAUUAGUGCUUCGUUGACAAAUUAUUUCCCUAAGGAAAUUAGGUCGAAGAAGCCUAGCAAUAAGCAUGAUAUAAUUUCUUCAUCUGUUGAGUACUACCUCAGCAGUGCUGUUGAUGCUGUUGGUAAAAAACUAGUAAUUUCUACUAUCUUUGGUGACGAGGACCCUCUUAGUGCCUAUGAAGAGAACUGGAAUGAAUUUAAAUUAGAAAAUUUAGAGAAUUCAGUAAAUAAAACAUACAAAGAUUUAGAAGAAAUUCUGACUUUGAGACAGCGGGCAGAUUCCUUGCUCCAAAUGAAAAGUAUUUAUGCCCUUGAGGAUCAGGUGUGUCAAAAUAUAUCCGAUUGUCUUUCUGAGCUGUAUAACUUUCAUCUGCAGCCUUAUUUGGAGCUCAGAGAAAUGGCCCAUAUCCGUGUAAAGCAAGCUAAAGCUAAACUUUGUGAAGAAAUUGGACCCACCAUUAAAAAAAAAGCUGAAAAGGAGUUUGAAGAAUGGACAGAGCAAUCUUUAAUUGCUACUGAAGCAUUACAACAGUUAUAUCAAGAAUUCUAUCGUCGAACAUUAAACCUUGUUUUAGGCCAGCGUGAUCGCAUGGUUAUUGACAAAAAGAAAUAUGGCAGGGUUGCCUUUGGGCUACAUGGUAUGCCUCGUCUAAUGAAACUGGAAGUUCAAGUUUGCCAAGAAGAUUUGAAAUUACAAAAUGCCAUGAAAGCUAUUAAAGAGUAUCAAAGAGAUAAAAUCAAAAGUCAGUUGGCGUAUGUGAGUUAUGGUGUUGGAGCGGUAAAUGAAUUACAGCGAAUUGCUGAAGAGAUCACCAAUGCGCAAAUAAGUGUCUUAGACUCUCACUUAGAGGUUUUAGAAGCUGAAGAACGUCUGUACAAAAGUCAACUAGCUGUCAUCAAUAAAGAGUAUAAAGAUUCUUUAGAGAAUGGCGUAUUUUUUGAUGCUGUGGAAAAUCCAGAUGAGUUAGAAGAUGUUAAUAGUGAGACACCAAGUCCAAAUCCUAAAGUUUUCAAGUUGAAACAGAAGUUAUAUAAAAUAUAUCGGAAGCGAGCUCAAAUACGAAAUAAAAGGAAAGCUAUUUUAGCUGACUUUAAGAAGAAAAAAGCUGUAAAAGCUGCAGAAUUGGAGAAGAAUGAGAAAGCUGCAAUUCUGGCUCGCAAAAGACAAGAAGGCAAAGCAAAGGAACUACCUAAGGACAAAUUGGCUUCUGAAAGAAAAAAGACACUUCAAAGAUUAAAAGAAUACAAGAAAAAAGCUCUGCUUCUAGAGACUAAAAAUCCUGAUUCUGAAGAUGAUGUGGAAAGUUUAAUAGACUCAUCAUCCUCGUUGACUCCAAAUGUUGCCCUGAAAAAUGUUUCUCGCAAAAAAACAGUAAAAUCAGCUGCUAGUGUGAAUCCUUCCACUGAAGGAGGCAAUAGUAAUCAGAAAAAAGCCUUAGAAUCUUCUACUUCAACUCCUUCGGCUACUAACUUAGAGUCUUCUUCUUCAAAUCGUUCAGCUACAAACUUACGUCCUCCUGUACCACCUGAUAUAGCUCCUCCUUCUGUACCACCUCCUCCUCCUUCUGUACCACCUCCUCCUCCUCCACCACCACCUCCUCCUCCUCCUCCACCGCCUCUUUUAAUACCACCCCCUCCUCCACCUCCACCACUCCCUCCAAUUACUAUUACUUCAGCUCAGCUUAAGCCAAUUCCCUCUACCUCGUCGGAAAAACCUGCCAAACCACAAAGCCUUAAUUUGGCAGAUAUUUCGCAAGAUACUAUUGCUGGUCAACUAAAAAGCUUAAAAAAACUUGAACUUUCGGAUGUAAAAAAGACCACUACUCAGACUUUCAGUUUAAAUGAAAUCCUAGAUAUUCGAAGCAAAUUAAAAGCUCCACCGCCAGGUAUUUAUUUUUUUAUUUUUUCGAUUUUUAUUUCUUUAGAUCUAAACAUUCAUCAAAGGUUCUCAAAUUACAGUAUCAGUAAUUUAUCUUUGGUUCAUUUGUGGUUCAUCCUUGUACUCACUGUACAUUUUGAGGCUAUUUUCAUAUGGUAUUCUUAUAUUUUCUCUUCUAAGUAUAAUAGAAAUUUAAACAGUCAAUAUCUUAGGUGAUUGAAUAUUCGGGAUCUUUUGGUGAUUGAAUAUUCGGGAUCUUUUGGUGAUUGAAUAUCCAAUCAAUAUCUUAGGUGAUGAAUAUAUGAUAUGCAUUUCUCGUGUUCUGUAGAUAGUCUAUGGUAUUUUAAUGUAAAAUUGUGAACUUUUUUUAUUUAUGACAAUAAUAAUUAAUAUUAUGCUAUUAAAACUAUCAUGCAUUCACUGAAGGCCAUAUAUAUAUAUGUAAGUUAAAAAUAUAGAGAAAAUAUGUAAAAUAAUAAAGAUUAAUGAAAAGAG